GCACAACUGUUUACGGGAGUGCAGUUACAAGUGAACAUCAAUUGGGUGCAGUCCGUGGUCAAUCAAAGAUGGCGGAAUUGUUCGCCAAGUAUAGUUGUACUAAUUGCCAGGACGAUAUCCCCGGCACGCGUGUACAUUGUGCCGAAUGCCCGUCGUUUGAUCUUUGCUUGCAGUGUUUUGCUUCUGGUGCCGAGAUUGGACCGCACCGCAGUGAUCACGCCUACCAAUUCGUGGACAAUGGCACUGGAAUUUUGACGAUAUUUCGCGGUAAAAAUGCCUGGUCAGCUCGAGAGGAGUUGCGCCUCUUAGACGCCAUAGAGAAAUACGGAUACGGAAAUUGGGAAGAUAUCAGAAAGCAUAUCGAGACCCGUAGCGCUGAGGACGCUAAGGAAGAGUACAUUAGCAAAUAUUUGAAUGGAACAAUUGGACGGCAUACUUGGAUUCCGGCUUCCGAGCACCAGCGCCCACAUUUGACGGAUCACACGGUGGAGGAAGACAGUGGUCCGUUGGGAGCGAAUAACAUACAUAAGCUGCCACCACUGGAUGUAACGCCUGAGGAGGCUGCUCAGCUCGGGUACAUGCCCAAUCGAGACGGCUUCGAAAGGGAAUACGAUCCUACGGCGGAGCAGCUUGUGUCAGCAUUGACUUUGAAUCCAAAUGAUAAGGACACCGACUUGAUACUUAAAUUGGCACAGGUUGAUAUAUACACGCGACGUCUACGCGAACGUGCUCGUAGGAAACGUCUAGUAAGAGAUUAUCAACUUGCCGCAAACUUUUUUCGCGGUACACAUAAAGCAUUGCAUUUAACUCGUGAGCAACGUGACUUCCGUGACAGAUUCCGCGUAUUUGCUCAGUUUUAUACUGCAUACGAGUAUGAAAGACUGUUGGCCUCUAUUGAACGCGAACGUGAACUGAGGAUUCGAUUGUCGGAAUUGAAUCGAUAUCGCUCGAACGGCCUAACAAGGAUCGACGAGUGUGUUCACUUUGAACAGCAUGCUGCCGCUGCACCAUAUAAAAAUACAGGCCCAUAUGGCCAUGGAAAAACGGACCUUCAAUCGGCUGGAAACCGGCCCGGAUCGUCCUCGCACUCGCAACAAAUCAGCAAAAAGGGCGAAUCCGCCGGCGCAAACGAAAGUUCCGUUUCCAUCGGGCAAAAUCCCACGCACCGCACCGUCGACCAGCCUUACUCCGACGCAUCAUUGCCCAACAAAAACUCCUUGGAUAGCUAUCGGGGAUCGUCGGGUCCAUCGAGUCAGUUGACGACGAUGAUGACGCCGACAACGACGGCCCAAGCCAACAGCAGCUACCUGACAGCGCAACAACAGCCAAACCAAGGAAAUGCCGUGGGAAACGUAAACAGACAAGAACAAAUGUUCAAUGCGAACAGCAGCAAUCCCAGCAAGAACCAACCUCUUGCAGCCACACAACAGCAACAGAAUCACCAGCAGCAGCAACAACUUCAGCCCGGGGAGAGUCUCCUGUCGGGUAACGAAAAGAAAUUGUGCUCAGCAUUAAACCUACCCCCAACUGUCUAUAUAACUUUGAAAACUGUGUUAUUGAGUGGUGCACCGGUGUCGAGUUCACCCAUAGAGAAUACUAUUCGCAAAUACCUUAUUAAAGCGGGCUGGCUGAGUCAUUAGUUUUUCCAUAAUAGCAAUAUUUUUAUUUAUUCACAUUUAUUUGAAUAUCUAUUAGAUUUGCGCCUUUCAUUCUUUCUGAGUGUAACGAUUACUGUUUUAUGAAUAUGCGAAACUAGUUUCCCUUCUUGGAGAUCAUCCUCAUUUGGCUGUCUUUCUGCUAUUGGCUUAUAAAUGUGUGCAUUUUCGACAUGCAAAUUCGAUGUUUCGCAAGCCAUUCGAAAAAUAAACUGUUGCACACAGCCUGAGUUGUAGUGGAAUCUGUUCAAAUUUUAAUUUUCAUUCAUUUCCAACGUAUCGCAUUUUGGUUACGUAAAUCCUUUAAGUAGUGUUCUAAUAUUGUAUUGUUCGUUUAAUCUUAGAAACUAGACACAAUUUAGUUUAGAGAGAAACUUGCAUCUUAAAUCAUAAUACUGUUAUUUGUUCAUGUACGCAUAUACUCUACUGCGAAAAUAGGUUUACCGUUUUAGAGACCCGAAUCAAUUUUGAAUAAACGAACAAAAAAAUGUACAAAGGAUGAAAAUCGCUUAAAAAUAAAUUAAUUAAUUUCUGAAAAGUC